UAAGAGCCGAGAGUCUUACACACGCGAGGCAUAGACAUCAAGCGGUUUGGGUAACUCUGUACAAUUGUUUACUCUUACUGAACAAGGAGAUAGGUAUUUUGAGAAUGUUAUCAGCUAAUGAGCUCGUGUCUGUUGGGACAUUUCAAGUGCUUAAAUUACCUCUUGGAUUUAUCCGCAUUUUGGAAUGGCUUUUUUCAAUUUUUGCAUUUGCGACAUGUGGAGGCUACAGUGGACAGCUGUGGGUUAGUGUGGACUGCCAGCUUGACAAGGCCAGCAGCAACCUCAGUAUUGGCAUUGAUUUUGCCUACCCUUUUAGGUUGCACCAGGUGUCCUUCGAAGCUCCGCUGUGUGAGGGGAGGAGGAGGGAGAGGCUCUCUCUCAUCGGGGACUACACUUCCUCGGCUGAGUUCUUUGUCACCAUCGCUGUGUUCGCCUUCCUCUACUCCUUCAUGGCCACCAUAGUCUACAUCUUCUUCCAGAACAAGUACCGCGAAAAUAACCGAGGCCCUCUGAUCGACUUUAUAGUGACCGUGGUGUUCUCCUUCAUGUGGCUGGUCAGUUCUUCAGCCUGGGCUAAAGCCCUGUCGGACAUCAAGGUGGCCACAGACCCAGAUGAGGUGCAGGAGCUCAUGUCUGCCUGUAAGGUCAUGACCAACAAGUGUGGCUCAGUGCAAGGACCCCGCUGGUCAGGCCUCAAUACCUCUGUGGUGUUUGGCUUCCUAAACUUUGUCCUGUGGGCAGGAAACAUCUGGUUUGUCUUCAAGGAGACUGGUUGGCAUAAAGGAGGACCAGCUCGGUACGCUGGAGCGCCUCCCGAAAAACAGGCUGAGACAAUCAACCAGCAGCAGCCCUACAACCAGGGCAGUUUUGACCAGUCAGGAGGCUACAGCGCCCAGGGAGACCAGGAGCAGGUAUCAGAAUACAGUCCUGUGGGCGGACCCACCUCCUACUCCAAUCAGAUGUAGCUUUGCAGUCUGAUUGUCACACUGAAGGUGGGGGGGACAUGCAGUUCUUAGGUAGAAAUAUUCUGGUGCCAGAUAAAGGAAGUUGUCGAUUGGUACAGUUAAACAGAAGUAUUUUGGAGUAUUGUACAUAAAACUGGAUUUUGGUUACGUUUUUAGAUGUGUUGUCCUGAAUGUUGUAUUGCCUGUGUGUUGAGUCUAUUGAUAGUUUCUCAUUUUCGGUGCUAGGUGCUAUGCCACAGAACCUUUUAACUUGAUGUAUUUUUCAUUGUGGAAGAAAAAUGUGGUAUACAAUUGUAUAAUUCUUGAAGUUUCCUACAUAGUGUUGACAAAGUGCAUGCAGUUGUGCUAUGUGUUACUAUGCCUGUUUGUGCACAUUGUAUUUACGAAACCGGCAGGAUUUCAUCUCAGAGUUACAGUAAGGUAUCAGCAGUAGUUUUACCUCACAAACGCAACAUUUAAAGUGUUGUUCUAAUUUUUCAUGAGCAGAAAUAAAAUAUCCCAAUAAUUUUCCAUAUGCACAAAAAGCUUAUUUCUCUUAAAAUUUUCUGCACAAAUUUGUUUACAUCCCUGUUAGUGAGCAUUUCUCCUUUGUCAAGGUAAUCCUGCAUGCAGGGUUUAUGUUCAGUGUAGUUACUGUUUCAUUACACAAGAUGCCCUUGCUCUAAAGGGGCUUUAUGUGUUGGUUUGUGGGAAGUUUUUGAUGUUAGUGUUUACAAUUGUAAAUGGGAAAAGUGUUUCUACCCGCUCUGUUACAAAUGGUCGCUCAUGAUUCAAAUGAAAGGAUUCGUUUUUUAAGCUGCUGUCAGACUACUGUGAAAUGAAGAGUCAUUUCAUACACCUCCGAGAGCGAGCUAGCUGAGUCCAUUUAAGCACAAGGCCCCAGUGAAAAAGGCCCAGAAGAACCUAGUUGCAAUUAGAACAGUCAGCUCGGCCAAGCUCGUCUGUAUAACCAUAGUGAACCCCUUGCAUUUUAUCUGUCAUGUUUUCUCUGUCUUGAAUUCUAUAAACAAAGUCAUUCAGGUUUCUAUGACUUUCAAAAGUUUGUGCAAUUAAUAAAAAUAGGCCUAAUUAGAGAAUGUCUGAUAAUAUUGAUGAUGAUGAUGAUGACGAUGGUGAUGAUGAUAAUUCAUUAACCCUGUUUCUUGAGCUCCAAAGCAUGUGGCUUGCAUUAACCAGGUAACAAAAAAAUAUGAAAAAAUACAAUAAUUAAACGUCCAUGUAUGUACUUCCCUUCUGUCCGUGUAACAUUAUAAUGUGAACAAUCUGAAAACCACUUACCAGCAUUAUUAUUCUGUUCAAGAUUACUGAGUGUGGAUGAUAUACAAGCAAUUUCAAUAAUCCUAAUAAAGAUG